CUGUGCUGCCACGUGGUCGAGCGGCGGGGCGGGAUCGGUGACGCCACACGGGCCCUGUGUCAGACUCAGACAGCAACAGCAGCCGCUUCUGCCCUGGUGUGAGGCUGGAACAGGCGGCCCGGCUCUCCGGGGAGCCCUGCACCCACUACCGAGGUCUCUCUGGAUAGACUACCUGACAUUGCUGCAGAGAUCUGUCACUGCGCUUUCUUGGAAAGUCUGAACCUUUAUCAGAAUUCCUUCUGCGAUGUGCCGGAGGCCACCCUUUCCCGGCAGUCCCUGACCUUCCUCACCCUCAGGCGGGUGGCACACGGUACACGGUCAGCUGCCGGAGAGUUCGCCUGGAAGGCUCUGAGGCGGGAGGGCCAGCAAUGGUGCCGCCUGGCGCCGAGACAAACAUGGAUGAUAUCACGUCCAGGAUCGACAAGAUAGCCAUCAUCGACAAGAUUGACAUGUCACUGGAUGACAUUAUCAGGCUGAAUAAGCAAUUAGAAAAUGAUGUAUUGUUCAAUGGGAAUGCAUCUAAGAGCAAUUGGAUGACUCCGUACCAGAAAGGUGCUGGUGGUAUGAGGAGAGAGGAAAUGCGCCCGUAUUACACUCGCACAGGACAGUCGGGGCACAAAAUGUCAUCCAGGAUCGGCGCUGACCCUUACAAACGUCCGCUUCGUGUGAUGAACGCAUCUGAUCAGCACCAGAAUUUCAGAAGACCAAACUUUGCAAGAGCUCGAGACUUUGUAAACAGACUUGUACCCUCACGUUUGAGACACUAUUAUAAUGGCUACAGCAAUUAUUCUGAAACGAGAAGCUUUAGAAGAGGACAGAAGCUAAGGCAGCAGAGAAACAACAGACAGGCCACAUAUGUCCACAAAAGAGGCUUGGAGGUUCAGGCUACAAUGGACAUCUUUGAACCUGAAGAAUUUAUCAGGCCUAAACCAUGGAGAACGUGUAUGACCCACAGCGGUAUCCUGACGGUAUCAGUCGCUAACCCUACCGCGAUAGCGUUUCCAAGCAGCGUGGGGACCAGGUUGCCUCGUUCCCCCCUCCCCUUCUUGUUGAAAAAGGAGGGUGCAGAAGUAAAGGUCCCAAAAGGAGUCCCUUUAGACUUCGACAUUAACAGUGUUGCAAAACAGACUGGAAUCACGUUGAACGAACGUUUCAAGAUACUGAAGGAACAAAGACUGUCCCAGACAAUCGGCAAAGGCAGCAGAUUUGUGACUGUUGGAUGAGCCCCGAGGUCCGCAGCCUGCCUUAGCUUGUUCCCGCAGUUUACGUUCUUGUUUGUUGACUUGACUUUUAAGCAGAGACCAAAACGGACAUAAAGUCGACUGCACUGAGGCCGGGGGCCCUCAGAUCUUCGGGAUAUUUUUUUGAGAGCCCUAAAAGUGGAAAAACUUUUUUGUAUUGUUUUUACUGUGAAAUAUGCAUAAAAGGAAUAUUUAAUACCGGGAAGGUGAAACGUGACUUGGAAUUUUGUUAAUUCUAGCAAAAGUCUUCGCCCAAGAUACCAUUAGGAGUACAUGGGAACUGUUUUAUUUUGCUGGACAAAGAUGGUUUCAUAAUUAAAAACCCAACAUGUUGAUGUUUUUCCUACACUGUUUUCUUGUACAGUUUUAAUGUACAAUUUUAUUUAUGCUUUACAACCUUUCAGUUUAGAAUUAAUAACAUGUGAUGACUUGAAAAGUCUCCUGCAAACAAAGGCAACAUUUACCUUGCUCCACAAAUAGUCUGAGCAGUUUCUGAAGACCUUCUACUGAAGUCACAGUAGCGCAGGUUGCCUCACCGAGGAGGAGAUGUAUCGGAGCUUGGAUAGAAAGUGCCAGCCAACCAGAUGAAUUUCAUUCUGCAGGCUGUGUGUGAAAAAUUAUAGGAUCUGAUUGAUUGGUUGGUUGGUAAUUUAUCUCUCGCCAAGGGUUGAUAUGUCACCCCCCUAAGGCAGAUGCAAUACCCAUUUUUUUCAUCACGGUCUUAUAGGGCUCCGAUUAAAAAAAAAAAAAAAGUUUUAAUUUAGCUACGGACAAUUGGCAAAACUAUAGAAAGUGAAGAAUGAGCUUGAAAAUGUUGCUGCGUAGCAUAAGGGAAAAUAUAAAUAACGUUUGUGUUAUUGGUUAGAGGUCUGAUUGAUGCGCAGAGGCACGGGCUCUGCCUGAGUUGAGGAUUUGGGUCUGAACUUUAACACUGGAUACAGAUCAUACCCUUUGUUUGUCACGCUGAACGACAGAUUUGUUUUUGCUAACCUUUAAUUCUGUUAAUAAAGUUUUAUGUUGUAUAUCUUACCUUUUUCAGAAUAAACUGUUCUGCACAAUUGGGCUUUCACAUUUGUGCCAAGUUAAA